CACUUAAUAACCUGCUCAGCUCACGUUCAGCAGUAACGCGAAUCAAUAAAAAAAAUGAAAUUGUCUGUAAUUUUGUUCUGUUGUGUUAUAACCAUAUCAUCAUCAAAGGAACUGGCUCUGUACUCAAAAUUGGGCGAAUCCUUACAGAGACAGAUCAAUGUAGAUCCAAUUAUAUUGGCAGCAGUGGGCCGGGUAGCUACAUUGGGUGAACUAUACGACGCUCGAACUGACCAAUUCUUUCGCAUGUCGUUGAUCGAUGGCAAUUACUCAUCGCUUAUUCAGUCAACAGAUAACAAAUAUUCGAACCUCAAAUAUUUGAAAUUGAAUACUCUAAACGAAAAACUACAAAAUUUGAACGUUCAAGCUGGAUUCAAGCUUAGUGUGUUAUUUGGCCUAAUUGAAGUGAGUGGGUCAGGCAAAUUUUUUAGUGACAAACAGCAAAGUACCAGAAGUGCAAAAGUUUCUGUAGCUAAUUUUGUGACUACUCAAUUUGAAAAAAUUGAGAUUAGUGGUGAAGCUGGGAGAAAAUUUAUUAAUCAGGAUAUACUAAAGAAAAUUGACGCUACUCAUGUGGUAGUCGGUAUCGAAUGGGGAGGUAAUGUGAUCGUUUCUGUUGAGGACUAUAAUUCGGAGAAUAAAGACAAACAAACUGUGCAAGGUAGUCUUGGUGGCAAACUUGAAAUGCUAGUGGGAUCAAUUAGUGUAAAUGGUGAAGUAAGCAUUGAUGAGCAGGAGUUGAAGCAGUUUAGUCAGUUCAGUUUCGAGUUAUACGGAGAUGUUUUGCCGACUGAACUGCCAACAACUCUUGUUGAAGCAAUUGUUAUGAUGAAAUCAGUACCAAAAUUACUGACACAAGGUAAUGAUGGCAAGGGAAAAGCAUUGGCGUACCAUCUGCUACCCAUAUCGGUAUAUAGGCAGUUGCUCAGCCUCGAAGCUGAAAUGAACUCUUUGGUGGCGUCUAUUGAUGAAUCCACUAUUAAUUCCUGCGUAAAAUUGUUUGAGGAAAUUGACAUUAUUGGACUCAAAAUUAAAGAUUUAUCGAUCGAGGCGAAUAAUUUCCAAAACUACAUUAGUAAAGACAAAAUGGACAAAGUGAAUAUGUUUGAGAACAGCUACCAAAUUUAUCAGAUUGAAUUAAAGCGUCGAUUAUCGGAGCAUUUAAUUCUUGUUAAAUCAGGAAAUGAAACUGUAAACCAAAUUAUUAACAUUCUAAAUGAAGCAUACAUCCAUGACCUGUCCCCAUACAAUAUUGAUUUCGAUCAAUUUUUAUCCAUGCAAACAGAAUUCAAAUUCAUAAAGCUCCUAUUUGAUCUCGAAGUUAAGGUACUGGAUAAGAGCACCAGCAUUAAUGAAUUUAUGUCAAUGAAUUUGAACAAAAACGUUUAUGCAUUUUUCUAUACAGUGGAGUUUCCUAACUUAGCUGAUGAACCGAUGAUUGCGUUCAGAACCAUACUGGAAACUAGAGAAGAGUUUGAUUCGGAAGGAAUUUUCGUUGCUAUAAAAUUUGAUGUCCUCAGAGAUAUCGAACGUGAGACUUACUUUAAUUUUGCUGCACCAACUAGAUUACGCAUGUAUCGAAAUGGUAUUUGCCUCAUUGACGAUUAUUCAAUUUAUUCCCAUCCACCCAACGAGUCUGAAUCGCCCUUAUGGUCAUUGCCUUAUAUACAGGCCCAAAUUGUUCAGUUGCAAACUGAUACGAUACAGCUGAAAUCCGAUACGAUACAGUUGAAAACCGAUACGACACAGUUGAAAUCCAAUACGACACGAAUGGAAAAAAAUCCAGUUCCAAUUUAUUACACCUACGUGCAGUACCCCGACAUGCCUGAACCAAAUCAGUUAUGGCCCACAGUUACUUGGUUAGAAAUUACGUCACGAUAUGCAGGCUUAUUUUUUAGAGCAGUAGGUGGUAGUUCGAAAUGCUUUAACUGUGGAAUACAAAAUGAUAUGUCGCCGAGGAUAACUUCAGUUGCAAGAACUAAUGUAGACCAGACACAACAGGCAUCGCUCAGUCUUUCUUAUAACGAUAAUCCAUGGACUACCCCUUGGUUGGGUUCAGGUGGUACACAAAAUGGAUGGACGUCAAUUAGAUUCACUACUCAAUACAAAGAAGUCAUACCAAAAAAUAAAUCAAUUCGAAUUUGGGAAAGAUCUCCAUGA